GAUAACGUGGACCUGGGAGACCUGAUGUUCUCUCUGUGCUACCUGCCCACCGCCGGCAGACUGACCAUCACCAUGAUCAAGGCCAGGAACCUUAAGGCCAUGGACAUCACUGGGGCAUCAGGUAGAACUCAACACUACCUCACACCAUAUCAACACUACCACAAAAACACAUCGUAUUUCACUGUGGAUUUCUAUUCAGUACACUACUAUAACACUGUAUCCAAUUAUUGCUAUGUGUUUCUAUUCAAUACUACCUAACAUGAACAUAUGCUGUAUACAACAGAAAUAUGUAUGAUAGAGAAGACAGAGAGAGAGGAGAGAGAAGAGAGAAGAGGGAGAGAGAGAGGGAGAAUUGAGUCUAGCAGCCUCUCUCUCUGAGAGAGGAGAGAGAGAGAGCUCUCUCUCUCUCUCUCUCUCUCUCUCUCUCUCUCUCUCUCUCUCUCUCUCUCUCUCUCUCUCUCUCUCUCUCUCUCUCUCUUCUCUCUCUCUCUCUCUCUCUCUCUCUCUCUCUCUCUCUCUCUCUCUCUCUCUCUCCUUUCCUCUCUUCAUCUCCAGACCCGUAUGUGAAGGUCUCUCUAAUGUGUGACGGUCGGAGAUUAAAGAAGAGGAAGACCUCCACUAAGAGGAACACUUUGAACCCUGUCUACAACGAAGCCAUAGUCUUUGAUGUCCCCCCAGAGAACAUUGACCAGAUCAGCCUUAUGAUCGCCGUCAUGGACUACGACCGGUGAGUCAAUGGACUUUAACUCAGAGAUCCAAUAGAUUUGAACUCAGUGACUCAGUAGCUUUUCAAUUGUGGUUCUUAUGCAGUAUAUACCUCUGUGCUACUUGUCAGUCUCUCAGGCUUCUUAUAGCCUCUUGAGAGAGUAGAUACCUUCAGUCAAGACAAUACUGAUUCAGAAUUGAUGCAAGGCCUAUAGAGGGUUAAAAAGCUUUCAAGGCAGAGAGGAGUGAAAUAGAGAAGGUUACAUUACCCCAGGGCCUCCUAUCUUGUGGGUAGCAUUCCAACAUCUCCUUGGCUUUAUCUUCCUUCUAGUCUUUCUCUCAUCUCUUCUUAAUUUAGCACCGCUAUGUUUUUCUACCAUAGCAAAUGUAUCAUCAUUACUGUGAAGGCAGACAUAUUCACAAGAUCACCUAGCUUUGAAUGACUGUUCUGUCACACCAUUAUUGAAAAUAUACUCUCAUUCUGUCGCAUCAUUCAGUUCUGUCACACCAUUCAUACAGACCCAAUAUUAAUGUUAUUUCCUGAGAUUUCACAUCCCAUCAUACAUUUUGGUUGAUACCCUAUUCUUCACUGAAUUCACACAUUUUCAAUUAGUCAUGUGAUUCACUUUUAGAUCCACACAGGGUUACUGUAAUGUUACUUUAAUGUUCUAUCUAAAGUUAGGAAUACAUUUGUAGGUUUAUCUUACUACCCAAGUAAACAUUAAGUUUAGAUAGAGACAGUACUCCUUCAUCUCCAGUCCGAAGGCAGGAGUAAUGAAGGUCUCUGUGUGUCUCCCUAUCCAGUGUAGGCCAUAAUGAGGUCAUCGGGGUGUGUAAAGUGGGCAACGAUGCAGAGCACCUGGGCCGAGACCACUGGAGCGAAAUGCUGUCGUAUCCGCGAAAACCCAUCGCCCACUGGCACCCGCUCAUAGAGGUAAAGCCGGUGUGUGUGUGUGUGUGUGUGCCCACAUAUGUGUCUUUGUUUCUAAUGGAUCAUUUUCAAGGUUUGUCUCAACCGAAAUAGGUUUGUUUGCAUACUGUCAAAAUAGCCAACAUCUUUGAGUUGACUAGUUUGACCGAUGUCUGGUGGUUUCAGACUUCAGACGGUUGAGUGCCGUUACCUGCCACAGAAACUCAUUCAAAAUUAUUAUCCUCUUUUCUAAGGCCUCAUUCUUCUCAAUAAUCAAUACCCUAAGAGGCUCUUAACCUCUCUAUCUCCCAGCGCAAAAAAUCCUCCAUUGUUAAAAACAACCGCAGCAGAGAAUGGCAAGGCUCUCAGCGAGUAGGUCUACCUUGAUGUUUUGAAGUUGUUGUUAAGCCAAAUCUACUAAGAAAAAAUACAAUUAAAAUCAGACUUUCAUGUGUACAGGUGGUCAAUGGUAGUUACUUCCCAAGCAUGGCAGCAAGAAUACUGAUUCUUCUGAAGAAGAAUCAAGGCCUUUCUACAUUUCAUGUCUACAUUGCAUUGUAUAAGAUGUUAUUAUGUACAAGGUAGCUGAACAAUGUAUACAUACAAUAGCUGACAUUAAUUGGAAAUAUAUUUUCCCCCCAAGGUAUAAGAAUACAUCUAUUAUUAUUAUUAUUAUGGCAGAGUGUGGAGAGGAGUGUUGAGGAGUUGAAGGAGAGAGUGUGUGACCUGUACACUCAGCCUUGAGUAAUGGCUUUAUUGUGUUGGCAUCAAAGGAGAGUGUCUUCCUGUUGAACACAGCUGAGUGAACCACCAAGGUCUAGAGAGGGAGCGAGGGAGAGAAAGAGACAGACAGACAGACAGAUAGAGAGAGACAUACUGUAGAUGAAGUGAAAGAGACAGUAGGAGAGCAAGAAAAGAGGUAGAGCGACAGACAGAGCAGGAUUUGAGAAAUGGAACAAUUAAGCAGACUAUUCUGUUUGCUUCAGGGUUACUUACUUAAUUACAUUAUGUGACUAUGCUUUGAAAUCCUCAUUUGAGCCCCCAGGAAAGCACAUCUAUUAUUUAGCAGUCUGCCUCCCCAGCCAUUUGAAUCAAUGUUGUUCUGCCUUCACAAGGCCCUCCCCCCAAAAAUCACAUAUUCAAAACACGCCCGGGACGCAAAAGGACUUCAAACGCAACUAUGUUUGUUUAUGUUUGUUUGCUCUGUAACCCAUCACUCUCUCCCUCACUCUCUUUCUGUAAUGGCUUCUGUCUUUUUGCUUUUUAGCCAGCAAACAAAACAAUUACUGUCAAGAAGAACUGACCCUUUCACUGGAAAAUAGAUCUGACCUCGCUGAGAUGAAAAUAGAGGAAUACAUUUUUCUGCUUGCUUAACUAACCGAUUCUAAGCGGCUAGAUUUCUGCAAGCGAAAGAAGAGAAUCAAUCAAGAGCUUUCAUGUUGAAGUGCUGGGAGUUUGAGAGAAUCUUUGUUUUCACUACGGGUGCUUUAGAGAGUAGUUCUGUUUGGCAGUCCUCUAAGGAGGAUUCAGAGGCAAUAAAGAUCAUUUCCAAAACAGAUUUUAGUGUGACACAGCUUGUUACUUAGCACAUACAAUUAGUGAGAGAGUCUUGAAUUAGUGAAAUCGUAUUAAUGUCUUUAGGUUACAAUUGCUGCUUAUAAGCUUUAACUACAAUGCAAUGAACUUGACCUACUAACAGAACUCACAAUUGAAUCGGUUAAUCAAAGUACCAGAUUUGGUCAAUACACUGAACCGAAGUGAUCUGUUAUCUUCAUCCCCUCUACAGAAUGUCUCUAGGACUACUAAUCUACAUGUACACAGCUAUCUUUAUUGGAGAUGUAUCUCUCUCUCUUCUCUCUCUCUCCCACAGUACCAAGGCACCACAGGCGGGAGCCAGGCAGGGUCCU